UUUUCUAACGUGACGAAACGAGAGGCUAGCUUCACCGCGGAGUGUUCCGUACCUCUGAAAAUCAAAUUGGUCUAUGAAAAACGGUUACGGUCGUGUAAAAGACAGGACACUGCGCGAAACGGUGGAUGUGCACGCAAGAGGGAACGGCUUGCCGGCUCGGCCAGUCUACUGGAAGAUUCCAUUGUGAGUGGGCUUUCAAAAAGUUUUAUCUCCGAAAAGCAAGUGUUUUCGCGCGUUCUGUGGUUCGCCCGUCGAUGAAACCUGUCCACCAAGCGGGACGUAACCCACAGCCUCAAGCCGAAAACAUGGUAAUUCGAGGUCUCGAUAAUUCAGGAGCCUGAUUACGAAUUGGCCUCGAUCGGUUCGCCGUUUCACGAUUGUUCGACGAGAAAAGUGUUCUUGUAACUCUGCUCCAGUUGUGGACUCACACCUACAUUCGAAGUACUACUGGAAAGACGUCCAAUGGAUUAAAUCGACGCCGGUGAAUUACACGGAACCAAGAACAGCCCGCACCAACUGGAACUGAAUCCUGAGGACUCACCAGCGAGGCGCUCUCAUUACAAUGUAAUGAACAAUGUAACGCGUCGCCGUUGAUUUAACAGCAACACUCGCGACCAACAGCAAGACCCAGCAGCUAGAACGCACGGGCAGGUGCAGACACGAGAGGAACAACCAUAAAAUCACCGGGCUCGUUUUAUUCGUUGCGUCCCGAAGAAGAGUGGGAGCGGUACAAGGGAGGGACUCCCGCGAGUCGCUGGCGUUGUAUCAUAACGGCUAGUUCCGAUUAAAUUACAGUCGGCAGGCAAACCUUGCUACCGCGAGGGACACUACCCAAGAAUAAGAGGAGUGUGUUGAAACGAAGAAAUAUAUAGAGAAAUAUAAAAGAGAAAUAUCCGAGUCCAUAUAACAAGACGAGAUGUACAGGGACCCGAACAGCUCCGCAAAGGGCGACGAGGUCGAGAUCGUUAGCAGAUUUUUAGCGCCUUUGUGCGCGAGGGAUGAGACCGCCAGGAACAUCGCCCUGGCGGCAGCCAGGAAUACGGUCGAGGGAUGGCUCGGCGGGGUCGGCAGUCCGAAUCACUGGGAUGACGCCGGCGAGAUGGAGGACGUCGAGAACGUCGGGGGAAAGUUCAAGAGCCAGGACGGGAGAUACGACAUGGGGAUCGAGCGGUCGCCGACCAAGUCAGCGCCGAAGGAUGUGCAGCCCCUUCUCCCGCAGCAGAUGCUGCUGCAGGACACCUUCAGGACCGAGGGCUUCUUCCCUCAGAGCGUGACCGAGAACCCGGCGUUCCUCGAGGACAAUAGUCUAGAGUGCUCGGAACGAUACCCGUCCGGCUCGUUCGACUGCGUCGACGGCAGGCUCGGCAACGAGACCAGCUACGGGACCCCGAAUGAGAGGAGGCGUUACGAUGUGGACACCUACAGGUCCGGUCACUCGACGUCCUCCGACGAGGGGAAAGGGUAUAAGAUCGAGUCGCAGGACCGUUGCCGGAGGUUCAAGGAUGGUUCGGAGACGCGUUUCGGGUCAAGUAGUGAGAGCGAAAGAAAGUACGUUGGAUCCUCGUCCAGCGAGAGAUUGAACGAAGUUAGCCUGGAGGACAGACCUAGGACCAAGAACUACGUAAAGGUGAAGGGAGCUAAACAGAAACAGCUGGAAGACGAUGAGCUAGACUCCGACACCAGGAUAUACGGGAAGAGUCCCAAGUUUGACGAUAAUUUCGGGGCGAAUUUCGAUCGUAGGAACUUGAACUUCUCCAGGGCUAAAGGGGAUGUGUUGCAGCGUGAUCGGAGAUGCUACGAUAGCGCGGAUGAUGUUUCCUUCGAUGAGACAGAGAUCACCAUCAGGAACCGCGACGGCGUUGUGUUCAACACGCUGGACGGGUUCGAGAAUGACAACGCAAAUGAGAUUUAUCACAGGCAGAAUGAUAAUCGUGCCGAGGAUAUGAAGCUAGAAAACUUCGAGGUGUAUCCUUGUGAAGAGGAACUUCUAGACGAUCGUCAGCGUUGCCAGCGCCCGGAACAGCCGCAAGAUUAUUUGCGCAAGACCGACGAGAGGAAGUUCAGCGCAGGACAAAUCAAGAGACCGCUCUCGCAGGACGAAGAUGUCUCUUCCAAGAGCGGCCGAGUACUCGAGAGCCCGGAUGUUACCCCGGGAGACGUGGGCAGGAUGCUCAAUCUAGGGAACGCUCUAGACGGGCCUAGGCAGGCUCAGGCAAACAAGUAUCUGAGCCUGGUUUCCCUGCAUCUGCCGGUGAUACUGAGGCUCAGUGUUAACUGUCCCUUCCAGAAUGUGAGGAUUAAGUGCGCGGAAAUCCUGGAGAUGGUUAAGGAUAGAGGACUUCCAGUGCCAGUGCCAGUUUUCGAUGGACCUAGUGCCUUCGUCCCUACAUCAGAGCUGCCGGACCUGAAUAAUCUCGAUGAAAAGACUCAUGUCCUGUUGAUGGAUGCGUUCCUCCAGAACAACAGGCUGGAUCAUGUGUCCAGAGUGAUGGCCUCGCAUCCCUCGUACUUGGAACACUUCCUUCGUACACAAAAUUUCAUCUUGAGGGGUGACGGGCCGCUGCCGUACGACUACAGGCAUCUGAUCGCCAUCAUGGCCGCAGGCAGGCAUCAGUGCAGUUAUCUUAUAAACUUGCAAAAAGGAGAGUUCAUCCUCCAGGGAGGCGACCCAUCAUGGCUAAGAGGCCUGAAAUCAAUUCCAGGAAAGUUGCAAGAUCUCUAUGAGAUUAACAAGAUUUUAGCCCACAGGCCGUGGUUACUGAACAAAACGCACAUAGAGAAACUGACUAAGGGCGCAGACAGUUGGUCCUUAGCGGAAGUGGUUCACGCGAUAGUCCUUUUGGCCCACUUUCACUCCCUUUCGUCUUUCGUCUUUUCCUGCGGAAUCAAUGAGGAGCUGGACAACGUCGCUGGACAUCAUUACAAAGAGAACGUCCAGGAUAAUAGCAAUAACCUACCAACUGCCAAAGACAAGCUUUCCAGUAGUCCCAAGAAGAUUCCCAACGGCGACGGCAAGACUGAAAAUAUGCCGUCGCCGCCAUCGUCGCCAAGUAUAGUCGGCGAGCAGGAGGUUGGCGUUGAAGCGCUGAUGGAGCGCAUGAAGCGCCUCUCCGAAAAGUCUGAAUCCUAUCAGAUCACCCAGGAAGAAUUGUCGAAAAGAUUCGAGACCGUGGAAACACAAUCAGCGGAGCUCGCAGCGGCACCACAGAGGAGUAGUUCGGUCCUCGAUUCCGACAUCGGACACUUCAUCGAAGAUCCCACCUUCAUCUACCAGGACUUCGCCAAGCGCGGUCAACUGAACGACAUACCCACGUUCCGCGUGCAGGACUAUUCCUGGGACGAUCACGGUUACUCGCUCGUCAACCGACUCUACAACGACGUCGGCUACCUCCUUGACGACAAGUUCAAGACCGCCUACAACCUGACGUACUACACGAUGGGCACGCACAGCAAAGUGGACACGUCGCGUUUCAGACGGGCCAUUUGGAACUACAUUCAGUGCAUGUUCGGCAUCAGACAUGAUGAUUACGAUUACAACGAGGUGAAUCAGCUCCUCGAGAGAAGCCUGAAGACGUUCAUCAAGAGCGCCGUUUGCUAUCCAGAGCGUGUAACUAAAAGGGAUUACGAUCGUGUCAUGAGGGAAUUCAAGCACAGUGAAAAGGUCCACGUAAACCUAAUGAUCCUGGAGGCACGUAUGCAAGCGGAGCUGCUGUACGCGCUCCGCGCGGUGAUGCGAUACAUGACCUAAGCGAGGCCCGCGCCGCUCCCUUCGUCUACUUGCUAUCAGUCA